CUGAAUUGUUGAAUCAGGUAAGCGACUGAGGGGGAAAUCGGCAAGUCUGGGCAAUACAGUUCACAGUCAAGCACUGCCACCUCGCGAUGGAUUCCGGGUUUGCCGAAGGCACGCGCAGGUUCACAAGUUGGUUCCAGGCCCUGCCCGGCGCCACGUUUCAUCCCGACAUAGUGGUCGAGGACCUCAGGGGACGCGGUGCUGGCCGCGGCAUCAUUGCCAAGGCAGACAUCCCCGCGGACACUGUUCUCUUCACCAUCCCCCGCAGCGCCAUACUCUGCGCGGCAACUUCAGCCCUCCGAGACAAGAUCCCGGAUGUCUUCGAUCUCGAGGGCGACCAUGGCGCCGGCCACUCCGACUCGGGAGAUGAGGACGGUGCCGCAUCAUCGUCGUCACAGGACUCCUGGACUCUGCUCAUCCUCGUCUUGAUCUACGAGCACCUCCAGGGGGAAGCCUCCCGCUGGAGACCGUACCUGGAUGUGCUGCCACCGACCUUCGACACGCCCAUGUUCUGGUCGCCCACCGAGCUGUCCGAACUGCAAGCCAGCGCGCUGGUGGCCAAGGUUGGCAGGGCCGAGGCCGACCGGAUGAUCGAGGCCAAGGUACUCCCGGUGAUUCGAGCCCACGAAGAGGUCUUCUUCCCCCCCGGGCGCGCGAAGCUCGACGAUGCCCAGCUGUUCGAGCUGGCUCACCGCAUGGGAAGCACCAUCAUGGCCUAUGCCUUUGACCUAGAAAACGACGACUCGGACAACGACGAGGCCGACGAAGACGACGAGUGGGUCGAAGACAGGGAGGGAAGGACGAUGUUGGGCAUGGUCCCCAUGGCCGAUAUGCUCAACGCCGACGCCGAGUUCAAUGCGCACAUCAAUCACGGCGACGAUGCGCUCACGGCCACCGCGUUGCGGCCCAUCAGGGCUGGCGACGAGAUCUUGAACUACUACGGCCCGCUGCCAAACGGCGAGCUCCUGCGCCGGUACGGCUACGUGACGCCAAAGCACAGCCGCUACGACGUGGUGGAGCUGCCGUGGGAGCUCGUCGAAGCCGAGCUGAAGGGCCGCGUCGGGACUCACUGGACCGCUUCCGAGUGGGACAAGGUCCGGGAGCUGGUCCGGGCCGACGACGACUUCGAGGGGAGCUUCGUGCUGGAGCGCUCCAGUGCAGAUCCCGACUCCACCGGACAGCUAAGCGGUGACGCCGUCUUCGCUGGCUUGCCGGACGAGCUGGGCGAACAGUUCAAGGCCUUCCUCAAGGCCGCGAAGAAGGUCGCCAAUUCCGAGAUUGCGGCCCGGGCUGCUUCGGACAAGGAGAUGCGCAAGGAGUUGUACUUGCAGGCCGUUCUGGCCGCCCUCCAAGCCCGCGAGCGACAAUACGCCACGUCGCUCGAGGACGACAGGCAGCUCAUGGACGCCGGGAAUCUGACCGGGCGGCAGGAAAUGGCCGUGUGCGUCAGAAUAGGCGAGAAAGUGCUCCUCAGGGAGGCGCAGUCGUGGGUCCGGAGGGAGUUGGACGAGCUGCAAAGCCAGGCGUCCCGGACGACGCGCGAGGAUGACGCCCCAGCUGUGAAGAGACGGCGGGUUUGAACAGUCGGGGGACCGUCGGCCAUUCUGCUGGACGGAUAGAUACCGGCAGCCAGGACGCUUGUGCUUCUCACGUUGUAUUAUUACAUAGAGCCCGGACCGUAGGAAGAAUACUAUGCAGUACACGUCUCGGGAAACGACGGCGCGGAGGUAAACAUGGACAAAAUGGGUCUCCCUGGUGCCAGCAGCCAACGCUAGCAGCG